CAUGAAAGUCAUUUCUCUUUGAGCUACGAGAAUAAGAUGGCUUUUUUCUUUUUAUCUGCCAAUCUUCUUGCUCUGGUUGUAUCGGCGAGUUCUGUGAAGACUUCAAAAGGUGUUGUCUUUCUUCCUUUUUGCUUUAUUUUCCCGAUAUCUGCAUCGUCUUUUUGAGAAAGUCGAAACCAUUUUAAAUGGUAAUUUUCAUUUCUUUAUAAAAACACAGGACAAACGCCAAAAGUUGGGUUUGUCUUCACCAAUUUCCUUGCUCACAAAGGCUACUAUUUGAACGUUACAACUGUUAGUACAGAACUAGUCCAAGACUCCUUUGAGUGCACGUUCAAGUGUCUGGAGAAGGAUCCAAGUAUAAGUCGAAACCAUUUUAAUUCGUCAUAUUCAUUUCUUUAUCAAAACACAGGACAAACGCCAAAUGUUAAGUUUGUCUUCGCCAACUUCCGUGCUCACAAAGGCUACUAUUUGAACGUUACAACUGUUGGUACAGAACUGGUCCAACGCUCCUCUGAGUGCGCGCUCAAGUGUCUGGAGAGCGAUCCUUGUUUGUCCUUCAACCUUGCAGAUUUGAAUGAUAACAUUGACAAUCUGCUUUGUGAACUGCUUCCAUCUGACCGUUACACCCGUUCAGACAAGUUCAACGUCAACCAUCUUGGGUAUCACUACAGUAUUGCGGUAAAAUUAUUUUCCUUUUUCUACUUUAUCUUAUCAUCACGUGUUUUGUUAUUAUUAUUAUUUCAUCCUAAUUAUAACUAAAAUCGGUUGCAAUCGUUUGAGCAAACUUUAUUCAAGUGUUCAACGUUAACAUAUCUCUCGUUGGAAGCCAUUUUUAAGUCGUUUCAUUGAUCCGUCAUCGAAGUUUGUUUAACUGGUAUUUAUUAAGGGAACAAGUAAUUGAUUUUCUCGGUUUUAGUCUCCUUGUUCGAGGUUGCCCUGUCAGAACGAUGGAACUUGUGUACCUCUGUACCGGACAAACAGCUACAAGUGUCGCUGUGCGAAAGCAUACAAGGGAAGCUACUGCGAAAACGGUAAGGUUUUGGUUUCUAGAACAAUAUUUUCAAAAAUAUUUCGCGCGCGUGCUUUUAGUAUCUGAUUCCUUCUGAGCCAUCAUUCAUCGUCUUUUUACUUCACACUGACUUGUUUUGAGAAACAUAAAUUUUAUGCCAUUAUUAUUCAUUUUCUCUGUUCUUUCUGUAUCAGUUGAUAAUGACUGCAGCUGUUCAUCAGGACCAGAAGGAAAACAGAGAUGCAAAAUAGGUCAGUUAAUAUUCCACCUUCAAGUUAAGGUAGCUUGAAACAGCUUUCCGAGACACCUGUACCGAAUAUAUAUAAAAAACCCUAAAAAAGCGACUUUCCCUUUACGAAGCCAAACGAAAUUUACUCGUGUUCACAAAAUGAUUAAAGUCUGAAGUAAUGGGCGUUUCGAGGCAACCACAAUAGAUGUACUUAUAUAUAGGAAAAUCCCGUUACAUAGUUUUUUAGAUCGAUCUCGUAAUACGAAGCCAAUAUCCAGCCAUCUUGACCGAACAAGCUUUUUUAAUAGAGGAUCUAUCUUGUAGCGAACGAUUUCUCUUUAUUUUGAAAGAAUCAAGAAUGAAUUUUUGACUUCCAGAGCCGAGAAAGAAAGCCAGCUGUCUUUGUAGCACAAUAAACCCACGUCAGUCGUUUAUGUUUUCUUUGUUUCGUUUGUAGUGGUCCUCCGCCGAUUUUUGCGACUCCACCGGCAUUGUCUAAAAAUUGCAAACUCUGUUAGUCCGCUCGGUUAGCUAAUGCGAACGAUGGAUUCGCUUCUCCACGGGUGCUGCCAGCGAUAUAACGCAUGAUUUCAUGUGUUGUAUUUUACUGUAGUUUUAUCUCCUUUGUAACACGCUUAAAGCGCAUUAGGUAAGAAAAGUUUGUUGUUAUCCUAUUAUGGCGAGAUAGAAAUUAUCUCGGCAGUGAAAAUUCAAUUUGACGGCAUGUUUUGAAGAUUUUUUACAAUGACUAAGAACACGAUGAAAAUUCGUCAGAUGAAACGUUAUUGCGACAAAUUCAAUAAACUUGAUUAAGAGCUCAGUAUCUGAAUAACUUUGCGUAGAAGCUGAAAAAUUAAGAGUUAUUUUGAAAGGGCUUAAUUUAAUUUGUUAAUAUUUUCUCAAAUGCGAGGAUAUAGCCCAAAAAGUAUUUUCUCUGAGGUUGAGAAAAAUUUCCUCUCAAAGAUUCUAUUCCAAAAACCUCUUUAACGGUAUUUCCCCAUAACAUACGCAUAUCAGUAGUGAUUGACACGACACCCGCUACUUCAAACUUUAAAUAUUGGUGAACAAAAGUGCGAAAUUCGUUCGACUGCGAAAAGGGAAAUUUAUUUUUGAGCGCUCUGAAUGCAGUUGGUAGGUGUCUAGAAAAACCGAAGACCUUUUCGGACGAAAUUGAAUUUACCUAUGCUGAUAGAGCUAGCACAGCAGUCAUAAGUUGUGCAUGCGCAAGGGGAUCAGUUUUUGCCGUGCACGUGCCAAUUUCUCACGCAAAGGCCAAAAAGAAUACAUAACAAACAACCCCUCACACGCAAAAUAUGAAGACAACCUCAGUGAAACUGUCAUAGAAAUCUGUAAAAAGAUGCAAAAAUAGGGGGAAAAAAUCUGGAUCAAUAUCAGUAUCUGGGCAACUGCCCACCUACCCCUCCCCAAACUCAACAACAGUCAAUUGACAACAAGUUAAGGUUUAUGUUGGCUUAGGAGAGGGGUAGGUGGGCAGUUGCCCAGGUACUGAUAUUGAUCAUCAUCAAUGAAGCUGGUGGACGGACACUCGAAAACAUUUACGGCGGUGUCAGGUUGAAGGCAAAACUCAGAAAAAGCAGCCACUCAUACAAACGUGUCAUCUUUUAGAAAAAGUUCGGAUAUAACGCGCGCUGGUCAUUGGUAGAAAGAGCGUGCUCUAUCAGAGUACAAAACACGGAGCUGAGCUAAAGCUCUCACGCCAAUUUCUUCUAUGCCCGACCAUUUUCCGGACUUCUCUCUGGCCUUUUUUUUUCGUUAAUCGAAAGUGAAUUUUCGGAACAAGCGUGCCGAUAAGUAGCAACAGAAGAGUAAAAAAAAAGUCUCUACAAACAUGCCAAGCGCUGUAAUUGACGUUUAUAUAACGUGAAAAUCCUCAAAGAGGAAACGAAGUGAACUGUCCGACUUUUGAAGGUUUUCAUGUAAGCUUACGUACGGUAAUUAAUAUCAAACACAUCUAACACGUAUAGUAUAUAUAGUUUCGUGUUCACAAAGUUUCUAUGGUUUCGUCUUCAAAGAAGUGGGGAGAAACACUCCUCUACGUCUCGUGUACCUCCCUACUCUUCUUUCCUGCUUUAGCCACCUUCAAGUUAAGGUAGCUUGAAACAGCUUUCCGAGACACCUAUACCGAAUAUAUAUAAAAAAAAAACCCUAAAAAAAGAGACUUUCCUUUUACGAAGCCAAACGAAAUUUACUCGUGUUCACAAAAUGAUUAAAGUGCUUUACACCAGAAUGAAGCACAGUCAUGGCCUCUCUAUUUGUUAAUUAGUAUAGCUAUCGGAUAAUUACAGAGAUGUGUAACUUACUUACAAACACUCUUUAUAGCGAAUGAGGUAAAAAAGUGGUGGUUUAGUGACGAAGGCAAAAAGUAGACACAAACGUACGCGCUCGUACACACGUACACACUUGGGUGCACCCAAACACAAAAGAGGUGAAUGGGCUAAGAGACGCGUCCUACAUUCUAUUCACUAGUGAAUGAUAACUUCGUGUUUUGACUUAUUUACCCUAUGCAAUAACCAUGACGUGUAAACGACGAUCUUCAUAUUCUACAUUGUUAAUUACUUUAUGGCCUUAGAUAGUUGAUGAGAGCGCACCCGAACCAGCUACCUUGCAAAGAAACUGGGGGCAAAUUACAAGUUACCUGGGUAGAACUGCGGGUCGUUCAAAGCUUGGCAACAAGACGGGAUUGACUCUUAUUCUAUGUUGCUUACAACUGAACACUGUGCGGCAUUCUUGAAGAACGCUAACACAUUUUUACAAAUAGUGCAUACUUCUAAAUAGGAAAAUUUUAUUAAAGAAAGCGCAGUUGCUCGAACAACUGUCUAAAAAUUUGUGCAAUUCAUUUCCUCUGUUGUAGAGUACCUUAUGGUGUUUCCGGAGCUGCGUUCUACAGAAAAUUACGCCAUGAAGAAUCCAGCCAUAACUUCAGAUCUCAGCCAGUUGUCGUUGUGUUUUUUUAUCAAACUUGUUCAAGACCAAGGGGAUCAGAUAGUCGUCAGCUAUGCCAGUGAAGAUAGCAAUGACAUGACUGUCGAAAUUUAUCCAACGCGAACAGAUUUUUAUGUUGACUUCAAGUUGUUCCGGUAAUGCUGCAUAUAUUUUUUCGAAGUCGGUUGGGGAAUUUUUUAUUCGAGUCAUGAUAAGUCAUGUUACAGGAAAUGCUACGAUUGGCUUCUUCCUAAUGCUUGGAGAGAGAGAGAAAAUUGAACAUACAAACAAACGAAAAUCCUUGGCUUCUUUCUCUUUACUUAUCAUAGAUAGUCGUCAGCUAUGCCCGUAAAGAUAGCAAUGACAUGAUUUUCGAAAUCCUUCCAACACCAACACGAGUUUAUGUUGGCGACAAUUUGUUCUGGUAAUGCUGCGUAUAUUUUUUAGAAGUCAGUUGAAGAAUUUCUUAUUCGAGCCACAAUAAGUUAUUAUACAGGAAAUGCUACGAUCGACUUCUUCCAAACGCUUGGAGAGAGAAAUUUAAACAUACAAACAAAGGAAAGCGUUAAGCUUCUUUCUCUUUUUUAUGAUGAUUGAAAAACUAAAUAUGUUAAUCUUUGACCGAAACAAAUCUAGAUGUAUUUUCCUGUUGCAAUGCAAAUAACUAUUCGGGUCCUUUUUUAAAAUAUGAUUUAGAUCACUCUGCUCAAUAGGGCUCAACAGUCGUCUUUAAAGUGACGAGGACUCGCUUAUUACGGUUCUGGCCAUAAAAGGAUGAGGUUUCUUAACCGACUCGGCUUUCAAAAUAGAAGCUCAGAUGAUACGUUGAUUUAAACAUUUUAUAAGUAGAGAAAGAUGUUUUUCGUCUUGUCACAAGCGUAAGACAAAGAAAAAAAUUCUGAGUUCCCAUGAGGAAUCGAACCUCAGACCUUCGGAUUCCGCGUGCUGAGCCACAGAGAUUCUACAGUGAGUGAGGUCUCUAUUUUAUAAGUAAUUGCAUGAAUAAGAAAUUGCCUGAAUGAAUGAAAACACUGAACAAAUCGAAGCUUGAAUGUAUGAAUGAUUAAGUCAUUGAUAAACGAUUGAUUGACUGACUGACAAGCCACUUACAUAAUACUAUAAACUGACUGACUACGGACUAUCAGACUGAAUAACUCUCUUGACUAACUUAGUGACAAUGAAAAAGGAAGGUCUUGAAUGACCAAAUAUAUUUUAUAUUGUUUGCUUUUUGUCUUGUUUUUUGUUUUGUUUUGUUUUGUUUUGUUUUGUUUCGUUUAUUGUUGUUGUUGUUUUUUUUUUUUCAGUUUUACCUCGACAAAUCUCUACGAUGAUACCUGGCAACACCUGUGUCUCACCUGGGAAAACACUCAAGGAUUAACGAAACUUUAUAAAGAUGGUCAAUUUACAGAACAGGUAACGAAUCAUGCCACUAAGAAUUACACACUUAAGGCUGGCGGCUUCCUGGUGCUUGGACAAGAGCAAGACUCUUUUGGCGGAGGUUUUGAUCAUAACCAAACCUUUCAUGGCCGAUUGGCAAGUGUCAACAUGUGGGAUAAAGUUCUGUCCGAAAGCGACAUUGCCGCUCAGUACACAAAUUGCAGCGUACCUCAUGGUUCUGUUAUUAACUGGUCUGUAUUCAAAAAUCUUACUCAUGGCAAUGUUGCAGUUGAAGAGCCGUGAACUACAUUGGUCAGUGAUCAAAACUCUUGCAGAGCCAAAAAUCAUAAAUCGCGUGAUGUAAAUACCUAAUAUUAGUGAAUAUACCAUAUGCAUGGCAUAGUACUAAAAUAGAUACCAUAUAGUAUAUAGAUAGUUAGCCAGUUAUUUGGAAAAUACUUCAUUUAUUCAUUUAUUCACCUAUUUACUUAGUUUUUUGAUAAAUGUAUUGAAAUAAGAGGUAAAUCUUAGGUGACCGGUGUCUGCCAUAAAGUAAACGCAGCUCAUGGUAAUGUUGCAGUUGAAGAGCCCUAAACUGCAUUGGUCAGUGAUCAAAACUCCUGCAGAGCCUAAAAUCAUAACUCGCGUGAUGUAAAUUCCUAAUAUUAGUGAAUGUACCAUAUGCAUGGCUAAUUACUAUAAUAGAUACCAAAAUAUGAGAAGAUAUUUCGUUGAAACGCUGCUUUUGGCCAGUUAUUUGGAAAACACGUCAUUUUUUUACUCAACUAUACACUCAGUUGUUUGAUGAAACAUUAAAAUAAGAUGUAAAUUUUUAGGUGACCGGUGUUUGCCAUAAAGUUAAGACAGUUACUUGUUUUAUUGUAAGCAGCCUUAACAACAUAAGACUUUUCUUCUCUUUUCUAAUUCAUUCUUGACACUUGAGAAGAAGUUUCGAGGGCCUUUCAAGAUCUUUCAAGAUCCCAAAGAAAUUUCAAACAUUAAGAGGCUGACAAGACGAGCGCUAAUACUUUGAAUGUGCGCCUAUGAAAGUCUUCUAGAAUGAUAACCGCAUAUGCCCUGGUGCUUCGCAUAGGGUGCGACAUUGCCGCUCAGUACACAAAUGCAGCGUACUUCAUGGUUCUGUUCUUAACUGGUCUGCAUUCAAAAAUCUUACUCAUGGCAAUGUCACAGUUAAAUAGCCGUGGACUGCAUUGGUCAGUGUUCAAAACUCUUGCAGAGCCUAAAAUCAUAACUCGCCUAAUGUAAAUUCCUAAUAUUAGUGAAUGUACUAUAUGCAUGGCAGAGCACUAAAAUAGAUACAAAAAUAUCAAAUGAUUUUUAGUUCAAAUGCUACUUUUGACCAGUUCUUUGAAAAAAUUUCAUUUAGUUAUUCACCUAUUUACUCAGUAAAAUGCUUCCGGUAGUCUAGAAAAUUCCAGAGUAAAAUUUACAGAAUCUGGAAAUUCUGCUAUUGACAUCAUAAUUUUAGAACUAGGGAGUGUGCUAUAAAUGGAGGCAAGGGGGGGAGGAACAAAACAAGGUUUGAUGUAUCAAACUGUUAGAGCGAAAGUUUAACCGUUGGCUGGCCUACAUUUUUAAUUUUAGCUGUAUGAAGACCCCGUCCCCUCUUCCCCCUCCCCCCCUACCCUAUCUAGGACCUUGCAUUACAUCUCUUCUGCAUUGUUUUACCUGAAAACUACAUUUAUCUAAGCCAAUCAGAAUAAAGAUUUCUUUUAUGUUUUCAAUGCAAAUCGUAAGGCUCAAGAUGGAGCUUUUUCAAUUGAGCGUCGUAAAACCGUGAAAACAAACCCGUUAAAGGAAAGUUUAAAAAGUGCCUAAAGAAAUAACAAAAACCCACCCAGCGCUGUCUGCAAGCAAGCUAGCUAGACAAGUACAAAAAAAAUUGAAUAAACAGACGCUCCAUUAUUUCCUGAAUCUUUCCGUGACAGCAGAAUUGGAACGAGCUGAUUUCAAUAACUGAAACUGUUUUGUACCAUUACCUAUCUCCUGAAUUUACAAACAAAAAGUAGAGCGCUCUAAAACCAUAGCAACUAGGAAAAAGAAAGAUAACGAAACCCAGGGGCGCUAUAAAACAUUUACAGAGGAAGACAAACAAGAGCAAAACAGGAAACCAAACCCCCGAAAAAGGAAAACAAAAUAAUAAUCGAUGACAAAAGAUAUCGUGUCAUUAACUGUUCAAGCAGAUGUUCAUGUUGCGUGUCUGUGGCAUUGCGAAAUCGUUUAUCACCAUGAAAAUCACUUGUCUUUGAGCUUCAAGAAUAACAUGGCUUUUUUCUAUUUAUCUGUCAAUUUUCUUGUUUGCUUGUAUCGGCAAGUUGUGCGCAGACUUCAAAAGUCAUAUUUCUUCCCUUGCAGGAAAAACCUGUCAUGUUGGAGCACUUUUCGAUUGUUCCCGUUAUUUUCUGAAACUUUCCGUGACAGCAGAAUUAAAACGAGCUCAACUGGAGCUCUACUGGUCCAUUAUUUUUCUCCUGAAUUUACAAUCAAAACCUAGAGCGCUAAAAUAACAGGAACUAGAGAGAGAAAUAGAGAAACCCAGGGGCGCUAGAAAACAUUUCCAGGGGAAGACAAACAGGAGCAAAUCAGGAGGCCAAACGCCUGAAAAAGAAAACAAAUUAAUACCUAAUGACAAGACAUCGUGUCAUAACAGAAGCAGAUGUUUGCAAAGCCCACGUAAAAAGCUUAAUGUUGCGUGUCUGUGGCAUUACGAAAUCGUGUACCGCCAUGAAAAUCAUUUCUCUUUGAGCUACAAGAAUAUGAUGGCUUUUUUCUAUUUAUCUGCCAAUUUUCUUGCUCUGGUUGUAUCGGCGAGUUCUGUGAAGACUUCAAAAGGUGUUGUCUUUCUUCCUUUUUGCUUUCUGCCUGAUAUCUUCAUCAUCUUUAUAAGAAAGUAUAAGUCGAAACCAUUUUAAUUGGUCAUAUUCAUUUCUCUAUCAAAACACAGGACAAACGCCAACCGUUGGGUUUGUCUUCGCCAAUUUCCUUGCCCACAAAGGCUACUAUUUGAACACUACAACUGUUGGUACAGAACUGGUUCAAGACUCCUCUGAGUGCGCGUUCAAGUGUCUGGAGAAGGAUCCAUGUUUGUCCUUCAACCUGGCAGAUUUGGAUGAUAACAUUGACAAUCUGCUAUGUGAACUGCUUCCAUCUGACCAUUACACCCAUUCAGACAAGUUCAUCACCAACCAUCUUUGGUAUCACUACAGUAUUGCGGUAAAAUUAAUUUUUCUUUUUCUACUUUAUCUUAUUAUCACGUUUUAUUAUCAUUAUUAUUAUUUCAUCCUGAUAAUAACUACAAUCGGUUGGAAUCGUUUGAGCAAAUUUUAUUCAACUGUUUAACAUUAAUAUAUCUCUCUAUGGCUUUAUCUUUACUUUUUUAUUCCUUGCAAGCCAUUUUAUGUCGUUUUAUUGACCCGUAAUCGUAGUUUGUUUAACUGGUUUUUAUCAAGGGAGUAAGUGAUUGAUUUUCUUGGUUUUAGUCUCCUUGCUCGAGGUUGCCCUGUCAAAACAAUGGAACUUGUGUACCUCUGUACCGGACAAACAGCUACAAGUGUCGCUGUACGAAAGCAUACACAGGAAGCCACUGCGAAAAAGGUAAAUUUCUGUUUUCUAAAACAAUAAUUCCAAAAGUUUUUCGCCUGCAUGCUUGUCGUAUCUGAUUCCUACCGAGCCAUCAGUUGUCGUCACUUUACUUCACACCGACUUGUUUUUGCAAACAUAUAUUUUCCCAUUUUACUUAAUUUUCUCUAUUCUUUUUACGUCAGUUGAUAAUGACUGCAGCUGUUCAUCAGGACCAGAAGGAAAACAGAGAUGCAAAAUAGGUCAGUUAGUACUCCACCUUGAAUUAAGAUAGCUUGAACAGUUUUCCAACACACCUAUACCGGAAGCGCUAAAAAGCGACCCUCCCUUUACGAAGUCAAACGAAAUUCACUCUUGUUCACAAUACGUUUAAAAAUUUGAAGUAAUGGGCGUUUCAAGGCAACCACAAUUGAUAUGCUAAUACAUGGGGAAAUCUCGUUACGGCUGUUUAAAAAAUCAUGACUCCGUUGAAUUAACUCUUCACAGUAAAAGCAAGCUCCACAUCAAGUUUUACUAAAUAUAUUACAAUAAUCUUACAUCUGACAAAUUCUCAAUGGGUUCUGAGCUAUUGUGUUAAAUUUAAACCAUUUCCUCGUAUCGACAAGAAACCACAAACUAGCCAAUUAAGGGUACUUUUUUAUCAUUACAUCACCCGUUCACUAACUGACAUUGUUUUGUUUUGUUUUGUUUCGGAAAUGGCUCAAUAACAUUUGUCCUAAUUUCGCUUUCUUGAAAUACAGAACUGUGCAUUACUUCAGAAUCAAGAAUGACUUUUUUUGACUUCGAGAGCCGAGAGGGAAAGCCAACUGUGUUUGUAGCACAAUAAAUCCACCAUUGUAGUUUAUGUUUUCUUCGUUUUGUCCGUCCUCUGCCGAUUUUUGCGACUCUACCGCCGGCAGUUUCCAAAAAUUGCGAACUCUGUUAGUCCGCUCGGGUAGCUAAUUCGAACUCAGGAUUCGCUUCAUAUUGUCCACAGGCGCUGCCAGCGAUAUAACGCAUGAUUUCAUGUAUUGUAUUUUACCGUAGUUUUAUCUCCUCCGUUACGCGCUCAGUGCGAAUUAAUUAACAGAAGUUUGUCAUUAUCCUACUAUGGCAAAAUAGAAAUGAUCUUGGAAGUGAAAAUUCAAUUUGACACCAUGGUUUUAAAAAGUUUUAUAAUGGCUAAUGUUUUAUAAUGACGUUUGGAGCGUUGGCCCUUGGUCAGAGCUAAGGGCUUAACUCUUAACAGUGGUCAGUUUAUGUUAUCAGCUCAGUUGAUGAUACCAACUUACUUAAUCAUGUGUUUCCUGUUAAUUUACCAUUUUGAUUUGAACUUUAUCAAAAACGGUAUACAACUAAACUUACAAUUUUCUGUGGUGGUUUAAAGCUUCUACUAAACAAAUUGGUUCUGACAACUUGAAAGAACGAUACCCAACCAAUACUACAGUCGCACUUGCAUAGACGUUUGCGCGCUCUGUUGACCGCGCCACUCUCUGGUAAAGUACAAGCAACAAAAUCCUGUUUUUAUUCCUCUAAGCUACGUCUGAGAGGAUAAAAACUAUUAAAAUAUGAUUAGCUUGCCGUGUGGACGGUGCUUGGUAACAAAUUUUCCGUAUUUCGACAAAAUUAAGUUUAUAAAAUCCGUUCAACCACCUUCUCAUCAAUGAAGAUGGUGGACGGACACUCGAAAACAUUAACGGCGGUGGCAGGUUGAAGGCAGAACUCAGAAAAAAUAGUUAAUUAUGCAAACGUAUCAUCUUUUAGAAAAAAGUUCGGAUAUAACGCGCGCUGUCAUUGGUAGAAAGAGCGUACUAUAUCAGAAUACAAAACACGGAGCUGAGCUAAAACUCUCACACCAUCUGCCAAUUUUUACUAUACCCGACCACUUUCCGGACUUCUCUCUAGCUUUUUUUCAUUAAUUGAAAGUGAAAAUUCGUAACAAGUGAGCCGGUAAGUAGCAACAGAUGAGCCAAAAAAAGGUUUGUAAACAUGCCAAGCGCCAUAACUGAUGUUACUAUAACGUGAGACGAAAAUCUUCAAAGGGGAAACGAAAUGAACCUUUUUCCGAGUUUUAGAGGUUUUCACGUAAACUUACAUACGGUAAUAAAUAUAAAACACGUCUAAUACCCGUAUAGUAUACAUAGUUUCGUGUUCACAAAGUUUUUACAGUUUCGUCUUCAAAGAAGUGGGGGGCACACUCCACUACGUCUCGUGUGUCAACCUAUACUUCUAUCGUGCUCUAGCCACUUUCUCCGCGCUUUACAACAGAACAGGACACCGCCAAGGCCUAUCUAUUUGUUCAUUAUUAUGACUAUCGGAUAAUUAUAGAACUGAGUGACUUAAUCACAGGCGCACUUUAUAGCGAAUGAGGUAAACGUCGUGGUGUAGUAACGAAGGCAAAAAGUAGCAACAAACGCGCGCGGCACGCACGGACACACCCAGACGCAAACACAAAAGAGGUCAAUAGGCUAAGAGACUAUUCACUAGUGGGUGACAACUUCGUGUUUUGCCGUCUUCACCCUAUGCAAUAACCACGACAUCUAUACGACGAUCUUCAUAUUUUGCAUCAUUAAUAAUUACAUUAUGGCCUUAGAUAGUUGAUGAAGACGCAACCCGAACCCACUACCUUACAAAGAAAGCGAGGGCAAACUAUCAGUUGUGGGUCGUACAAUACUUGACAACGAGGCGGCAUUGAGUCUUAUUCUAUGUUGCUGACAAUCGAACACUGUCAUACUAUCGUCCCCGAUAAAUGUGCGGCAUUUUUGAAGAACACUAGAAGACAUACAAAUACUGGAUCCUUCUGAGGAAGGAAAUUAAUUGAAGAAAGCGCAGUUGCUCAAACAACUGUCUAAAAUUUAUGCAAUUUAUUUCCUCUGUUAUAGAGUACCUCAUGGUGUUUCCGGAGCCGCGUUCUACAGAAAAUUACGCCAUGAAGAAUCCAGCCAUAGCUUCAGAUCUCAACCAGUUGUCGCUGUGUUUUUUCAUCAAGCUUGUUCAAGACCAAGGGGCUCAGACAGUCGUCAGCUAUAUCAAAAAACAUAACAAUGAGAUCCUUGUCGAAAUUUAUCCAACACGAACAGAUGUUUAUGUUGGCAGCAACUUGUUCCGGUAAUGCUGCUUAUAUUUUUUUAAAGUCGGACGGGGUAUUUCUUAAUCGAGCCACGAUAAAUCAUGAUAGGGGAAGUGCUACGAUCGGCUUCUUCCUCCUAGCGUUAAUGUCUAACCCUUUGCGGAAAGGAAGAAAGUUAAAUAUACAAACACUCAAACGGAAAGCGUCGGGCUUCUUUCUCUUUUCUUAUCGUGAUUUUAAUACUUGGUAUGUUAAUCUUUGACCAAAACAAAUCUAGACGUAUUUUCCUUACGCUUUGCAAAUAACUAUUCGGGUCUUUGUUUAAAAUUUGAUUUAGAUCACAUUUCUCAAUAGGUCAUUUAAAUCUUUCGAGUAACGAGGACUCGCUUAUUGUGGUUCUAACCAUAAAAGGAUGAGUUUUUUUAACCGACCCAGCUUUCCAAAUAGUAGCUCAGAUCAUACUUUUGAUAUAGCAAAGAUGAAAUCAAGAGAUUGGCCGAAUGAAUGCAAUUAAUGCAAUGAAUGAAUUAAAGCAAAGAACGAAUGGAAGCUUGAAGAUUGACUGACUGACAGGUCACUGGUCAACUUGCUGACAGACUCACUGGUUGACAGAUUGACCGACUGACAGGCCACUUACAUAUAACUUUAAACUGACUGACUACUGACUGACAGACUGAAUGACCCUACUAACUGACCUAGUGACAAUGAAAAAGGAGGGUCUUAAAUGAUCGAAUAUAAUUAACAUUCUUUGCUUUUGUUUUGUUCUGGUUUUUGUUCUUUUUUUUUUCUUCAGGUUUACCGCGACAAAUCUCUAUGAUGAUACCUGGCAACACCUGUGUCUCACCUGGGAAAACACUCAAGGAGUAACGAAGCUCUAUAAAGAUGGCCAAUUUAUCGGACAGGUAACGCAUCAUGACACUAGCAACUUCAUACUUACGGCUGGCGGCUCCCUGGUGCUUGGACAAGACCAAGAUUCUAUUGGCGGAGGUUUUCAUGUUGAACAAACUUUUCAUGGCCGAUUGGCAAGUGUCAACAUGUGGGAUAAAGUUCUGUCCGAAAGCGACAUUGCCGCUCAGUACACAAAUUGCAGCGUACCUCAUGGUUCUGUUCUUAACUGGUCCGUAUUCAAAAAUGUUACUCAUGGCAAGGUCACAGUUGAAGAGCCUUGACCUAAAUUGUUUAGAGAUCAAACACUCUAGACUUGAUGUAAAAUUCCUUAUGUUAGAGUAUAUAUUAUAGGCAUGACUGAAUCACGUGGUGUAACUAUGAAAUAGAUAACGAAAGUCAAAAGAGCAUUAUGGAAUUAAGCAAAUAAAACUUCAGGGACAGAGAUGUAUGUUCCUCAUCCAGGCCUAGAAUAUGUGAUCUCCGCUAAAAUUAUUUAUAGAUUGUCCUACGCACGAACAGGUCGGUAUGGGGCUAACCUCAAUAGUAUGCAUAGAGUUAGGAAAGUAACUGGUAUCUGACUCGGAGCUCGAAGUACUGUUUGAAUGUUUGACUUUCCAAUUUUGAAGCCACUAUUGUUUCCGGCGUAAGUGGAAAGUUCUAGGACAGUUUCAAUUGAGGCAGUUUGAAAUAUUGAAAACAUGAAAAAGGAU